CAAAUCUUUCCUGUAUCCAUUCUGCAUUACCUCGCAAAGAUGAAGAAGAAUAACCAGUUCAACGGUGUCAUUGCCAGCAUCCUUGUAGCAGUAAUUCUCUUUCAUUGCAGCCAAACCCAUGCCCAGUAUCCUGAUUAUCAGACAGAAGAGUAUCCUGAUCAGACAUCCCAGUAUCCUGAGCAGACAGAACAGUAUCCUGAACAGACAGUCCAGCAUCCUGAUCAGACAGGCGAUGCUAGCGGUUACGGACACGCUGCACACGCACCUCUAGACACAAAACACCAAUUCUUAGAUUACCAAAAUGCAGCUCGUUCCUUGGUAGGGUGUGCACCAUUUAAAUGGAGUGAAGAAUUGGCAAACUUUGCAGCAUCCUACGCAGAACAAAGGCGAUCCGAUUGUGCUUUGAUACAUUCAGAUGGUCCAUUGGGUGAAAAUCUGUUCUGGGGUGGUGGUUAUGGAUGGACACCAGCUCAAGCUGUCAAAGCUUGGGUUGAUGAAGGCCAAUAUUAUGAUCAUUCCACUAAUUCCUGCGCACCUGGUCAGGAAUGUGGUCACUAUACUCAAAUCGUUUCGGCGAGAACCACGAGUGUUGGGUGUGCUAUGUUGCAGUGCGACGGUGAUUUGGGAGAAUUUAUCAUCUGCAACUACGCUCCAGCCGGAAAUUACAUCGGCGAAAAGCCAUACUAACCUUCUUAUUUUUUGUGUAUUUCAAGAUUUGUUAUGUUUGAUCACAGGUUCGUGUAUCGUGUUGGUCACCUCUAGAGAGAAACUUUGUAAUCUUUUUUCCAUAAAAGAAACUAUUUUAUC